UUAUUUCGAAAGUUCUAUUUCCAAGAUGGAGAACAGUAGUGAAAGCAGCUCGAGUUCUGAUGGGGAAAUUAGUUAUGAUAAUCAAGACAGCAGAAGCAGUUUUAGUGCAAAUAUCUUAACUUACAAUACUAACUAUUAUCCGUCUAGACCAUCAAAUUUAAAUAUGUAUGCCAAUGAUGGAAGUUUUCUCGAAAUGUUCAAAAAGAUGCAAGAAGCCUCACAAAAAGAAUGUGAAGCGACUAAGGCUUGUCACAGCCAUAGUAGUGAACAAUCUCAAGAUGGCGAAAAGAAAAAAAAUGAAGAGAGAAAAACUGGACCAACAUUUGUGAGUAAGAGACGUGGUGGAAAAAUCCUUAAAACUGGCAUGGUCAAGAAACUGAAAACUAAUCCUAAGAAGGAGGAAGAAAAACCCACAGAUGCUUGGUCUCGUUACUUGGAAGAGGUGAAGAAGUACAAACAACAUGCAUGUGAAGAUGACAGCAGAAUGAGGCCUUUAGUAAAGUGAAGUGCUUGUUGUGAAGGCAAAAGCAUUUUACAUUAUUGGCUUGAAUUAUUCAGAUAAAAUUAAAUUACGUAUGGAAAGAUAUGCAACUUUUUUUUUUUGCUACACAUUUAAAUUUUCCUUUAACACAGAUAUUGGAAAUUUCAGUGACUCCUUUUCAUUUUGAACUUUUUUCAAAUAAUUACACAACUAUGUGAAAUUUUAACAUUCCUUUACCUGUUUCAAAUAUGUCACCGCAUCAUAUAAAUACUUUUUUGAUAAUUAUGUAUAGUGUAAAUAAAGACUUUUGACUGAUA